GUGGCUGCAGCUCAGGUGGGCGUGUCCCUGCUCUCUCCUCUGAUGACACGUGGAGGAUUGAUCAGUGUAUGCUGCGUGUACAUUAGUUAGGAUCCUGGGGGUCUUAUUGGCUUGUCGGUUUGCUGGAAGGACGGCAGGACGAGCAAACGCUGCUUGGUUGAAUGGAUAAGUUCAGCCGUAAAGACGAGCCGCAGAGCCAGAGGGCAGUCUGAAAACUUGUGCGCUGACCAUGGUGCUGAAUCGCCCCUCUGCGUCCUUUUAAAAGCCGAGCAGGGACGCCGGGAACACAAUUUUUUCCCCCCCGCGGACCUGAUCGCACCUGAGCCUGCCGAUGAUCGAUGGUCCUCAGGAUGACGGAUUCCACAGUUUCAGACUCCAGAUUUAGUCGUACGUCAGUUUGCAUGAGAUCAUGGAUGGAGGACUCGCGGAAUUAAACGCCGAGUAAACCCCCGAGGCGCUUGAAAAUGUUUCGGAAGACAUCCUUUGUUAAGUACUUUUACAGGCCAUCUGCUUACUGACCAAACCGAGACAUAUUCGGACAGUAUUCGUCCAUUCACUCAUCCACGGAGGAGGUAUCGGACGUUAUGAAGACAAGAUGAACUGCUGAUAUCAGUUACCCUGCAAUAGUAGAAAAAAUAGCCUUUUCGUAGUGGAAGAAAAGCAACCACAUCCUCCAAGGCAUGGCUCAUCUGCUAGUUUUGGUCAACUCCGUGGUCCUGUUGCUUUUUGGCAGCGACGUGUUCUUGGUAGGAGCAAACAGGCCAGCAGUUCCUGUCAACGUGUCUGUCAUGCACCUGCGAGCUGAUUCGGCGACUGUGUCCUGGGAGGUUCCAGAAGGAGACAUAAUAAUUGGCUUCUCCAUCUCACAGCAGCGGCAGGACGGACACAUGCAGCGAUUCAUUCGUGAGGUCAAUACUACAAGCCGCUCUUGUGUUCUGUGGGAUUUGGAGGAGGAGACAGACUACAUUAUCCAGGUCCAGUCUAUUGGCCUCUAUGGGGAAAGUCAAGCCAGCAAGAAAGUCCAUUUUCGAACCCUCAAGAAGACAGACCGCUUCCCUUCCAACAGCUCGAACCAAGAUGACCCCACUGUGCAGGGCCUGGAUAAGUCUCGCCAUCUGCAAACAGGAGAGAUGAUCAUAAUUGUGGUAGUCUUGGUCAUGUGGGCUGCUGUUAUUGCCCUGUUCUGUCGCCAGUAUGACAUCAUAAAGGACAAUGACUCCAGCAACAGUAAGGAGAAGGUCAAACCGUCGUCGGAAAGGAGCACCCCGGAGCACCACAGUGGGGGACUGCUGAGGAGCAAGUUUCAUCCCUCAGUGCCAUCAAUCAACAUCAUUGAAGUUUGAAGAGAAAGACACCAGACGUCAGUUACUCUUUCUUCAACCAUUAAUGCAUUUUUUCCUUCUCUCACUGAUAAGGGAAUGACACAGGGAAAAUCAGAUAAAAUAUGAGGGAAAAAGUGUGAUCUAAGGACAAAAAUGCAUGCACCAUGUUGUAAGGGGGUAACACACCAACCUGCACACACACGUGCUCCAAACUCCAUCCAGAAACCCUGUAAAAAUCUACACUGUCCUCCUGUACACACUGACACCUUGCAGUUGCUAUGGAAACAUAUUCCUGCAGGUUGACAGGACAUGGGAAUUGAUUUUAACAAAUGGUGCAGUCAAUAACUAUGUUUUUGCUGGGUGCUCUGUAUAUUAUUGCAAUAUAAAACACACAAUAUCAUCUCUGGGAGGCCUGACUUUGUGACUUUAAAUAAGCAGUGUAUUUUUUAUAUUGGCAUGUGCAGUUAGAUACUAUAUUCACCUGUUGUAGACAAGUGCAAAUAGUGUUAAUAUACUGCCUGCUCAUAACUGUAUAACAUAAUGAUUGCUGUAAGUAGAUUGUUAAAUGGGAGAGAAAAAAAGUUUUUAUUUAUUUAUUUAUUUUUUUUAAAUGACAGUAACAAAAUUUAUUUCACCUUCUCAUACUGUUAAAAUUUGAAUAUAAUUUUCUGGAUUACAUUUUAUUCCAUAUGUAACAAAUACAUUCUAUUAAUUUACUAAAUAAAGAUGCAUGCAGGUUUAUUUGAGUGUAGGAUAGAAUUUGAUGUUAAUUCUAAGCUAGAUCCCAAAAAUGGAGAAAUAAGCUAAACCGCAGUAUCGUGAAGAUUUGCAUUAUUUGGUUCUUUUAUCUGCUUUUAGAAAACGAUGUUGCCUUUUAUUCUACAGCUUGUCUUUCUUGUACUUUUCCUGCCAACUGUAUCAACGUAGGCGUGAAACAGACACUGUUUUGAAUGUUCCAUUUCAAACUGCAGCUAAUCUAAUAAAGUUUCUCUCACCGAAAGGCAUAAACCAUUCACAUACUGGUAUUUGGACAGAUAUAAUGCUCAUCAAAUUUCACAGAAACAUAUUGUGUUAAUUUAGCUGGGCAGGACUUAGAUGGAAUGUAAAAAAAACAUCUUGUUUUUGAAGGAAGUGCUCAAGUUUC